CGAGUUUCUAUUUGUAUAACGUUCACUUUGCAUAAAUUAGUGAAGGGGAAGCGAUAUAGCAAGAUGGCAGUCGCGGAUGCAUCGGCUGAUGCCGGAUAAGAUCGCGUGCAUCACAUGUUCUUUGCAUACGUCACGUCGGACCCAUUAAAACACAUGACGCUUCAUUUAGUUCCGCUCGAUUUUCGUCGAGCAUGACACCGGGCAUCCCUAAUAUUUGGUUAGUUUCGGCGACCGGCGAUAAGGGAAAUGUCCGUCGAGAGUCGCCGUGAUAGUUGAUCCGGCUCAUGCAAUAGUACGAUAAGAGAGAUAACCUUGCAUGCACGCGAGUGUCGGAAAUGCAUUUUCGUUAAGAAGUACCUGACGAUUGCGAAAAAAUUGCGGAAAAAAGACGCAUCGUUGGACAACGAUAAGAAUAUCGGACGCAAUUAACGUGCAUAGAUAAAGCCGAUAAUUAAAAUGUUCGCGAAAACAAAGUGUAAAGUCACAAAUAAGUUUUCAGUCCUCGUACAAAGCAAGUUUGGCAGUCAGUUGUGAGCAAACUGUUUAUUUUUGUACAAUCGUCUAUGUAAGAUUGUUGAAACUACAAUGUCAUGGAUAAGAGAGCGCACGUUAAACUGGUUUCAAUCCUUAAUCUUAAAGAUUGUCAAGACCGGUCAAGUGCCGAGACACGUAGCAUUUAUAAUGGACGGUAAUAGACGUUAUGCGAAUAAGCAGAAAGUGGCGAAAGUAGAGGGGCACACAAGAGGAUUUAAUAAACUAGCAGAAACUUUAAGUUGGUGCAUGGACCUUGGUAUUACAGAAGUCACAGUUUAUGCUUUCAGUAUAGAGAACUUUAAACGUUCUAAAGAGGAAGUUGAUGGACUUAUGGAACUAGCCAAGCAAAAAUUUAAAAGGCUUUUAGAAGAAAAAGACAAACUGAUGGAACAUGGUGUAUGUAUUCGUGUGAUUGGUAAUUUAUCUUUACUUCCAGAAGAUAUGUGUAAAUUAAUCGCUGAAGCCAUGAUCAUGACUCAGGACAAUAAUAAAGCAUUUUUGAAUGUUGCUUUUGCUUAUACAUCAAAGGAUGAAAUUACUCAUGCAAUUAAAGAUAUAACAAAAGGUGUGAAGUACAAUGAAAUUUUACCGGAAGAUGUGAAUGAAGAUUUGAUUUCUAAUUGCUUGUAUACUUACAAAUCUCCAAAUCCAGAUUUGUUAAUUCGUACUUCAGGCGAACUUCGAAUCAGUGACUUCCUGAUGUGGCAAAUCUCUGAUGCUUGUGUCUAUUUUACCAAUGUAUUAUGGCCUGAAUUCAGUCUUUGGGAUUUUCUUAGUGCAAUUUUUUAUUAUCAGAAAUGUUAUCCUGAUUUACAAAGAAUUGCAAAAAUGCAAAAUUCAAAACCAAUCACGCACAAUAAUCGAGUAUCUAUGUAUAUUAAUAAAUUGCAUCAUGAACGUCAAGUUAUGAUUGAAAACAUGCAACUCUCAGCAGUUCAAUCAUGAAAACUAAAUAUUUAUCCAGUAAGUACUUAUAUUCCAAUUUCAAAAGUUUGGUUUCAUCGUUAAUGAAAUGUGCUGAAGAUUUAUUUACAUUUUACUUUAGAUCGAUUUUUUUCAAAUUUAUUAUUUCUAUCAAAAUUUGAUUUAUUUUCCAAAUUCAUGUUUAAAAUUUGUGUUAUGUUUUAUGAAUAAUAGCAAGAUUAGUCAAUGUUGUACAUGUUUAAGUUUACAAUUAUGUAGGAACUAGUUAAGCUAUUAGACGAAAGCAAAACACACACUUGCGAGAGCAUCACGAUAUAUACAUAUAUAUUGAAAUUUAUAGAAAUAUUCGUUCUAUUUUGAUAUGUUUUAUAGCGUUACAAACUCAGGGAAAUAAUUAUAAAUAAUACUUCCAAUUAUAUAAGGUGUUUUGGAAAACAAGUACAUGAGAUGCAAAAAUAAAUAAAUCCUUAAAAUAUAGAAACUAAACGAGAUCUGAAACUGAAAUGUUUGAAUUGGAACAAAUAUUAUUUCCGAAGCAUUUUUUUUGUUUUGUAUUUCCGUCAUACAGACAUGACAUGUAAAACAGAUGUAUUCAUAUAAUGAGCAAACUAGAUAAUAGCAGGAAGUUAAGAUACAUAUAAAUUAAGUGAUUGUCGAACAAUCUUGCCGUUAAAAAAGAAUCAUGAAUUAUGACAGCGAGUCGGAGUUUUAACAAGUAUUAUGAAUAUUCUAUUAUAAUAGGAUAUUUGUUUUCUGAUACAUAAUUAUAUGUAGGUAUUGAUAAAAUUUGCUUCCAUAAUGUGUCAUAUAUUAUAGUGUAUUUAUAUAUUUAUUCAUCUCUCUGUAUGUACAUUCCAUGCAUCGGUUUUCCAACUGUUUUCUUCACUGCAGCAUGCAUUUGGAGGAUUGUAAAAUAGAAUUGUAAAAUGGAUAUAUAAUAGGAGUAACAUAAAAUGUAUCAAAUAAAUUAUGUUAGUCGUAACAUUAACGUGCCGACUACAAAGAUAUAAAUAUAUGAAUAAGUUCUAUGCA